AUGCCCGAGGGAGCCCGCGGACCGAGCCUGUCCAAACCCAGCCCUAGCCUUGGCCGUGGCCCCACAGGUGAACUGUGUGACUGCACAGCCGUGUGUGAGACCCAGACAGCCCCUGCAACCCCUGCCAUGGCCUCCCCCCGAGGUUCUGGGAGCUCCACAUCCCUGAGCACGGUGGGCUCCGAGGGGGACCCGGCUCCAGGGCCCGCCCCAGCCUGCUCAGCCUCUAGGCCAGAGCCCCUUCCAGGACCCCCCAUCCGCCUGCAUCUGUCACCUGUGGGGACUCCGGGUUCCGCCAAACCCUCGAGGCUAGAGCGAGUGGCUCGCGAGAUCGUGGAGACAGAGCGGGCCUAUGUCCGGGACCUUCGCAGCAUUGUGGAGGACUACCUGGGUCCUCUGCUGGAUGGCGGGGUCUUAGGGCUGAGCACGGAGCAGGUGGGCAUACUAUUUGCCAACAUCGAGGACAUCUACGAGUUCAGCAGUGAGCUCCUGGAGGACCUGGAGGGCAGCAGCAGCGCAGGGGGCAUUGCCGAGUGCUUCGUGCAAAGGAGUGAGGAUUUUGACAUCUACACAUUGUACUGCAUGAACUACCCGAGCUCCCUAGCCCUGCUCCGGGAGCUGUCGCUGUCCCCGCCCGCAGCCCUGUGGCUGCAGGAGCGCCAGGCCCAGCUCCGCCACUCGCUGCCCCUGCAGAGCUUCCUGCUGAAGCCUGUUCAGCGCAUCCUCAAGUACCAUCUGCUGUUGCAGGAGCUAGGCAAGCACUGGGCAGAGGGCCCGGGCGCCGGGGGCCGUGAGAUGGUGGAGGAGGCCAUUGUGUCCAUGACAGCGGUCGCCUGGUACAUCAAUGACAUGAAACGCAAGCAGGAGCAUGCUGCGCGCCUCCAGGAAGUGCAGCGGCGGCUUGGCGGCUGGACUGGCCCGGAGCUCAGUGCUUUCGGGGAGCUGGUGCUAGAGGGCGCGUUCCGAGGUGGCGGAGGGGGCGGCCCCCGACUUCGAGGGGGCGAGAGGCUGCUCUUUCUCUUCUCACGGAUGCUGCUCGUGGCCAAACGCCGGGGUCCGGAGUACACCUACAAGGGCCAUAUCUUCUGCUGCAACCUGAGUGUGAGCGAGAGUCCUCGAGAUCCUCUAGGAUUCAAGGUGUCCGAUCUGACCAUUCCCAAACACAGGCAUCUGCUCCAGGCCAGAACGGCAAGAGAAGUGAGGCUGUGGAUUCACUGUCUCCAGCGCCUUUUUCUUUUUGAGAACCCGCCCAUCCUGCCGGCAAAGCAAGUUCUCCUUGAAAACAGCCUGCACUGUGCUCCUAAAAGUAAGCCCAUCCCAGAGCCCCCGACACCCCCUCUUGGGUCUCCCCGACCUCGGGAUGCUAGAAAUUUCACCCCUGGACGAAGGAACACAGCUCCGUCUCCAGGACCCUCUGCUACCCGCCGUGGCCGCAGACAGUCUGAGCCAGUAAAGGACCCGUAUGUUAUGUUUGCACAGAAUGCUAAGCCUAGACUCAAGCAUGCUGGCAGUGAGGGGGAGCUCUACCCCCCCUUGGAGCCUCAGCCACCAGUUCCAGCUUCCGGACCCCCUGAGGACCUAGAGGACACUGGCCCCCCCACGCUGGAACCCUCCGGGACCUCGAUCACGGAGGAGAUCCUGGAACUGCUGAACCAAAGAGGCCUCCGGGAUCCAGGGCUGCCCCCCCACGACAUCACCACGUUCCCUGGAGACUCCCAGGUGCCAGGCGACAGUGAAGCCCUCACAUUCCAAGCCCUUCCCAGCCGGGACUCUUCAGAAGAGGAGGAGGAGGAAGAGCUGGAGUUGGAUGAACGGGAGCCUUCCCCACUCCAUGUGCUAGAAGGGCUCGAAAGUUCCAGUGCGGCUGAAAUUCCCGACGUUCCCAGCCGUACCAAAAGUCCAGACGUACCCAACCUCCCUGAAAUUCCCAGCCUGUCUGAAAUUCCCAAGAUUCCCCACCUUCCCAGCCUCCCUGACAUUUCCAGUGUUUUUGAAAUGCCCUGCCUUCCAUCCAUACCUAGUGUCCCUGACAUUCCUAGCCUUCCCAGCACUCCCGCCCUUCCCUGUGAUUCCUGGCUUCAGGGAGCUCUGCGGGAGCCCGAUGAGGCUCUAGCCACGAGGAGAGAACUGUUUCCCGGAAGCAGUUCCACCAAAGGAGAGCGGUCCUCUGGGGGCAGGGUAGGGCAGCAGGAUCCUGAGGAAGGGGAAUCCUUCCCAGAUUUCCAGUCCCAGGAUGUCACCCGAGACCAGGGAUUCUCAGAUGAGCUGGGAUUCCGCUCUUGUUCAGAAAUCCGGAGCGCCUGGCAGGCACUGGAGCAGGGGCAGCUGACCCGGCCCGGUUUCCCAGAGCCACUGCUCAUCCUGGAAGACUCCGAUCUGGGUGGAGGUGGCGGGAGUGGGAAGGCGGGAGCCCCGAGUUCGGAGAGGACAGCUUCCCGAGUGCGAGAGCUGGCCCGGCUUUACAGCGAGCGGAUCCAGCAGAUGCAGCGGGCAGAGACCCGGGCGUCGGCCAACGCGCCCUGCCGCCGGCCCCGUGCUCUGGCCCAGCCGCAGCUGUCCCCCUCCCUGCCCCGUGAGCAGGCCGAGCCAGGGCCCCUGCCUGCCUUUGGACACGUGCUGGUAUGUGAGCUGGCCUUCCCGCUGACGUGUGCCCAGGAAUCUGUCCCUCUGGGUCCCGCCACCCGGGUUCAAGCUGCCACACCUUUGUCUAAGCAGGGAGGCUGCCUGGGUGGCCAGGGUCUAGAUGUUUCAAAUUUGCCUGAGCAAGACCGUCUGAGCAUCCAGGUUCCAGCUGCUACCCCUUUGCCUGGGCCAGGAGGCCUCUGGAAUAUACAGAGUGUGGCUGGAGCCCCCACACCCUUGCCCGAGCAAGAAGACCCCGCACACGAUCAGGUUCCAGCUACAACUUUACCUGAUCAAGAAGGCCACCUGGAAACCCAAGUUCCAGCUACCACGCCUUUGCCUGAGCACAGAGGCCACAUGGACAUCGAGGUUCCGACCAGCCCAGCUGUACCCAAGCAGGGACGUGGUUCUGAUGCCAUGGGUUUAGCCACCACUCCUGUGCUCAAGAAAGAAGGCCACCUACAGAGCCAGAGCCCAACCACCACCCUGUCAACGAAGCAAGGCGGUUCCGGGGAUGUUCAGUUCCCAGCUGCUGUUUGUGAACAAGCCGUCAACACUUUGCUUACGCCCGGAAGCAGCCCGGACCAUCAGAUCCCAGGCAACACUCCACUGCCCUUGCAGCAUGACCUCCCAGACGUUCAGGUCCCAGGUACUUCACCUGGGCCUGCGUACGGAGGCCGCCUAAGCCACCAGACCCCAGCCAACGCCCCACUGCCUCUGCCCCAAGACCUCUCAGACAUUCAGGUUCCGGCUGCCGCACCUUUGCCCCGGCAACAAGGCCUCAAGGACACCCAGGCCCAAGCCCUCCAAGCCCUCCCGCCUUUGCCCAAGCAGGGAGGCCUCCCAGACGUCCAGGGGCUAUCUGCUGCACCUCUGCUUCAGGAACAAAGCUUCACAGACCUCCACGUCCAAAAACUUACACCUUUGUUGGAGCAGAAGAGCCUCACGGACACUCAUGUUCCAGCUGCGACCGCUUUGCCUGAGCAGGAAGGCUCUCGGGACAGCCAGGGCCUGUUACCCAUCCCGGUUCCAACCACCGUGGUUUUCUCCAAACCAGGAGGCCACCCGGUGUCUCAGGUCGCCCGGUCAGAGUCUUCAGAGUUGACCCCACCCCACAGUCCCCCUCCUCCAACCCGUCAGCUCCUGGGUCCCAGUGCAGCUGCCCUCUCAAGAUACCUGGCAGCGUCCUACAUCAGCCAAAGCCUCGCUCGGAGACAAGGGCCUGGGGGAGAAGUUCCCCCAGCCUCCCGGGGCCCCUGGUCCUCCUCUGCCCCGGCAUCGCGGGCACCUUCACCACCACCCCAGCCCCAGCCCCCACCACCCCCAGCCAGGAGGCUCAGCUAUGCCACCACGGUCAACAUCCAUGUCGGGGGCGGUGGGCGGCUACGGCCAGCCAAGGCCCAAGUCAGGUUAAACCAUCCUGCUCUCUUGGCCCCCACCCAGGAAUCUGUGGGCCUUCGUAGGGCCCAGGGAGCUCCUGAUGCCCCUUUCCACAUGUGA